AUGUCCACACCAUCGAAAAAGCGUCUGAUUCGAGACUUUAAGCGACUGUCGACCGACCCACCGGGAGGUAUCUCCGGAGCACCAUGUGCCGACAACCUCAUGAUCUGGAAUGCGGUCAUCUUCGGACCCGCCGAUACGCCAUUCGAGGAUGGCACGUUUAAACUCGUGCUUACCUUUGACGAGUCGUAUCCGAACAAGCCGCCUACCGUCAAGUUCCUGUCCAAGAUGUUCCACCCGAACGUGUACGCCAACGGGGAGCUGUGUUUGGACAUCUUGCAGAACAGGUGGUCGCCGACGUACGACGUGGCGGCGAUCUUGACGAGCAUUCAGAGUCUGCUGCACGAUCCGAACCCCAACAGCCCUGCGAAUGCCGAGGCGGCGAGUUUGUAUAGGGAGAACAUGAAGGAGUACGUUAGGAGGGUCAAGGCAACGGUCGAGGCCAGCUGGUUGGACGACGGAGAGGUGCCGGAGGCCAUCCCGGAGGAAGACGAGGAGGGCACGGCAGCGGGUACAGCUGCGGGUGCGCAACAGACAGCUUCGUCAUAG